AUAUACAAACUAAUUAAAAUGUCUCAAGAAGCGAAGUCAUUUAGCUACAGUCCUUACAGCCAUUUUCCAGUUGGCGCCGCUUUAUUAACAGAAGACGGGGAUCACAUUUUUACAGGAUGUAACGUUGAAAAUGCAUCCUACGGUCUAACAAUUUGUGCUGAAAGAAUUGCUAUAUUCAAAGCUGUUUCAGAAGGAUACAAACGUUUUAAAGCCAUUGCCAUAUCCAGUAAUCUAAAAAGUAUAAUAACUCCUUGUGGAGCAUGUCGUCAGGUCUUAAGAGAGUUUGGGAAGGAUUGGUUAGUGUACAUGACGAAGCCAGAUUGUACCUACAUUGUUAAAACUGUGGACGAACUCUUACCACUUGGUUUCGGUGGCGACGAUUUAGACGAACACCAGCAGCAAGGGCAGUGA